AUGGUCCUCCUCUACUGGCUUCUCUUCUCCCUCUUGGGGUCCCUUGGCUAUAAUAAAGCAUAUGGAAUCAGUGUUUACUCAGACAAUGAACGUGUCACAGCAAGAGAAUUUGAAGGGGUGUAUCUGAGUUGUAAGCACAAUGUAAAGAAGGAAGUUGGUGCAAGGGUUGAAUGGAAAAAGAUUAAAGGGUCCACUGUCUCAUUUGUCUACUUGAAUGGUGUCUUUGUAGGUAGUUUUAAAGAUCGAGCUGAAAUAUUGCACUCAAGCAUUCAUCUUAAAAAUGUGACUAGAAAGGAUUCUGGAAAAUAUCGUUGUGAAAUUAGUGCACCUACAGAACAAGGACAAGGAACAGGGGAAGUUGAAAUCUCUCUCUUAAUCUUGGUGCCACCAUCUGCUCCUGUUUGUGAAGUGCCUGUCUCAGCUCUGAGUGGGACAGUAGUUGAAUUGCGAUGCAAAGAAAGUGAAGGUGUGCCAGCUUCAAAAUAUAGAUGGUAUCGGAAUGGUGCUAUUCUCCCUGAGAGCACAUCUUUUUGGAGUUUCAAAAAAGAGAAAAAUUCUUAUACUUUGAAUACUACAACAGGAACCUUGCUGUUCAAUCCUGUUUCAAAGAAUGACACUGGGGAAUACUACUGUGAAGCUUAUAAUAGAGUUGGACGGCCUCGAAGGUGUCCGGUGAAGAGGAUGCAAGUAGAUGACCUUAAUGUAAGUGCUAUCAUAGCUUCGGUGGUCAUUGUGGCCUUAAUAAUGGCUUCCUGUGGUCUUGGGGUAUAUUAUGCACAGAAGAAAGGUUAUUUUUCAAAAAGAAAUUCUUCAAUGAACACGAGUUCCAAGUACAGAACUACAGAAAAUGAAAAAGAUUUCAAGCACACCAAGUCCUUUAUUAUUUAAAAGAAAGUCGAUUUCUGAGGAUCAGAAUUUGCUGCAGAAAAUAUCAAAGGGAUGUUUGAACUCUUCUAUAAAAAGAACGUUAGGUGCAACAACAAACAACUGGUGGCAGAUUUCAAGAUUCUAUCGCUAAAAGGUGGUAAAAGUUGUAAAAAGUGUUAGUUCUGAUGCUGCUUGUUUUAAAAAAGGAGUGAAAAUAAUUGGCAGAAUAUAAACAUUGCUGUUUCACAUGCCUACAUGUAAAGAAAUAGUGAAUUAACGGUAGAGUUCUGAUUAUUAGAUCUCAAAAAGGGUACUGUUGAGUAGAAAAUUUAUGAAGGUUAUCAAGAGAUUUCCUAAAUUGGAACAGUGUUUUGAGACUUUACAGAAUUAAAAAAUAGGAAAUCAUUGGGACCAUGACCAGCUUUAUAAUAUUGAAGAAUCUAUGAAGAAGUGGACAGAUUGGCAUUUCUCACUGACAGCAUUAGCUCCAUGAUCUUUUGGUGACAUAUGGAUGAAAAUAUCCCAUGCAGACCAAAAAAAUAGUAUUUUGGGGAUUUUUGCUAAUUAAUGUGAAUCCUAUUGACUUGGAUGGCAUGGAAUGAGAAUUGGACAAAUUCAUUUCAGACAAGAGUAAAAAUGGCUACCAGUUGUUAUAAGCAAAUACUAUUUCCCAUUUUUUACAUAGAGUAUUAAUUUGUGGAGACAAACUAUAGGAGAAGGCUACUACUUCUCUCUGAGGUUGAUGGAAGCCUUAGGCGCUAGGAUCAGAAACUGGAUUACAUAGCACUUUGCCCUAAUUAAGGGGGCUAAUUACAAAGCCACUUUUCUGAAACAAACUCUGUGACUGGAAUAGCCUUAAACAAUUAUCUAUAUUAUUCCAAAACAGAGUUUGGUGCUUGCUCUUUCGUCUUUCUCUAGAGGUUGACCACUAAAACUGCUGCUAUCAUUGCCAAGGAACAAAAAUAACUGCAAUCAGUCUGUCUCAGUUUAUACUAACCAGUUGAUUUCAUGAAGCAGAAACAUUUCUAACAAAUUGAUUUUAAAAUUACUGUUGAUUCGUAUCAUUAAUUUGGAUUUGAGGGUAAAUUUGUUGCUGUUGUAGAGCUAGGAUCAAGACAACAACUUAUCAAGUGAGGUAGUGAUAAAAAAAAUGUGCUCUUAUUUAGUCUGAAACGUUAUUCAAAUACGUGUAUAAUCUACUGCAGAACCGAAUGGAGCUGGCAACCUCUCAAUGACAAAGGACUGCACUUUUCUAUUUGUAUGAUUGGACUUUCAACUUUGAAAGAGGACUGGUUAUUAAAAUAAAUGAAACCUAAAUAUAGCAUUAUAUCUUUUAGUUGUUUUCCACCAAACACACAAAAAAAGAUUGCAAUGCAAUCCAAUGUUAUGAUUUUUUGGGUGCUAAAAGUAUAUAGAAUUACCUGAGGAUAUAUAGGCUGCUUCCCAACCCAUAUGACAAAAGAUACAAAUUCACUCAGUCCAUUAUUUCAUGUUGGGGUUUUUCUUACAGUAAAAUGGGGUCAAAAAUAUUAUUUAAAAGCAUUUUGCUUAAAGUUUUGAUGGCUUCCAAUCAUAUAUAUGAUACUGAAAUUAUGGUAACUUUCUUUACCACCAUUCAUAUUUUUAUUUUAUUAUUUGUCUGGGAAGGUCAUUUAUGUAUUUUUGUCUCAUACACACACACACACACACAAAUUGUUUUGACAUGAUAGUCAGGUGUUUGUAACUCUAUUAAACAAUGCAAUAGAUGUCAGAGUAUUUUGCACAUACCCCACAAUUUUUAAUUUGAAAGCAAAACACGGCCACCUAACAAAGCAAUGCAUCAUUUAGUAUUACCAGCAUUUUGCUAGAAUAAAAAAUAAUGUUCAAUUUUUAGAUCUGAAUUUAAUCAAAUUUAUGACAAAUGUAAAAAAAUAUAUAUAUAAGCAUAUACACUUAAAUCACAAACUGCAUUUUGACAACUCUCUUUUAUAUUAAAAGUCCUACAAAUACCUGAUUUGGCAGCCAUAUAAUUUUUAAAAUAAAUGAUAAGUGAUCAUACUUCAGUUCUCAAGAUGAAGUCAACAUUUAAGGGGGGGG